UGACAGAAGAAAAAGACGAUAUUUAUCAAAUCAAAAAAGAAGUAUUCUGCAGUAAACACAGAGCCAAAAAGGAGGAAAAACUAAGCCAAAAAGGAGGAAAAACUAAUGGAGAUGGUGCCAUCAACAAUGGCGGACAUGUGGACGAAAAUGGGUUCAACCUUAGCCAGCUUCAUGUUCAUAUGGGCAGUAUUUCGCCAAUACUGCCCUUACGAGCUACGCCGUUACUUCGAGAAAUACACGCACACAAUCAUGGGCUAUUUCUCCCCUUACAUCAAGAUCUCCGUACACGAAUUCACCGGCGAUCGGCUCAAACGCAGCGAGGCCUACGUCGCCGUGGAGGCGUAUCUCAGCGCCAACUCUUCGAAGACGGCCAAAAGGUUGAAGGCCGAGAUGGGGAAAGACAGCACAAAUCUGGUCCUAAGCAUGGAUGAGUACGAGAAGGUGACCGACGAGUUCCGCGGUGCUAAAAUAUGGUGGGUGGCGAGCAAAACGGUGUCGCCGAGCCGGCCCAUGGGAUAUUAUCAAGAGCAGGAGAAAAGGUAUUACCGGCUGACGUUUCAUAAACGUUACCGGGAAAUGAUCACCGGAGCUUAUUUGGAGCAUGUGGUUAAAGAAGGGAAAGAGAUCAGGGUUCGGAACCGGCAGAGGAAGCUAUACACCAACAGCCCCUGUUAUAAAUGGCCGAGCUACAAGCAGACGAUGUGGAGCCACAUCGUGUUCGAGCACCCGGCUAGGUUCGAGACAAUGGCGUUGGAACCGAGCAAUAAGAAGGAUAUCAUCGAAGAUCUGGUGACGUUUAGUCAGAGCAGAGAGUUUUAUUCUAGGAUCGGGAAAGUAUGGAAAAGAGGGUAUCUUCUGUACGGUCCACCGGGGACGGGGAAAUCGACCAUGAUCGCUGCAAUGGCGAAUUUGUUGAACUAUGAUGUUUAUGAUCUUGAACUCACUGCUGUUAAAGAUAAUACUGAGUUGAGGAAGCUUUUGAUCGAGACGACGAGUAAGUCGAUUAUAGUGAUUGAAGAUAUAGACUGUUCGCUUGAUCUCACAGGUCAAAGGAAGAAAAAAGGCGGGAAAGCUGUGGCGGAUGAAGAUAAAGAGAAGAUGGAGAAAGAGAGGAGAGAAGCGAAGGAAGAGAGCAACAAUGGCGGCGGCGGCGGCGGUAGUAGCAGAGUGACACUUUCGGGGCUAUUGAAUUUCAUCGACGGGCUUUGGUCGGCUUGCGGUGGCGAGAGGCUGAUCGUUUUCACCACGAAUUACGUCGAGAAACUUGAUCCGGCAUUGAUAAGGAGGGGAAGGAUGGACAAACACAUCGAGCUUUCUUACUGUAGUUUCGAGGGAUUCAAAGUGCUUGCUAAGAAUUAUCUGCAAUUGGAAACUCAUCCGUUGUUCGAUACCAUUGACGGGUUGAUGAAGGAAGUCGAUAUCACUCCGGCAGAUGUCGCUGAGAGCCUGAUGCCGAAAUCUCCGUUGGAUAAUGCAGAGAAAUGUCUUUGGAGCUUGAUUCAUGCUCUUGAGGAAUCCAAGGAAGAAGCUGCCAAGAAGGUUGCGGAGCAGGAAGAAACGAGUUCCAAGCAAAUUAAGGAUCAUGGUACUCCUGCCAUGGAAGAUGAUGUUAAACACCAUGAAAACAAUGUAUCAGAGAAACCCUGAUUCAUGCACUGAUUGUUAGAAGCGAUUCUAUGGGGCUGUUAAACCAAUGGUAUGUGAGCAUCAGAUUGGAAUUUUUAGUGUUUAAAUAAGCAGCUUUCAUUUAGCCAGCUUGAUCAU